AUAAGGUAAUGAUAAUUUACCUAAGUAAUAUUGUCAUUCUUUUUUUUCAAAAUUUUUUUUUUCUAUAGAACUCAUUUUAUGACAUAUUACUAAAAUUAUUCUGAUAACAUAUACAAAGUAUAUAUAUAUUAAAAAAAACGAAGGGUAAUAACUUUGACAUCUAUGGUAUUGGAUAUACAGUAAUAAUUUAAUUUGAGUUAUUUGAUAAAAUUCGAUAUAAAAUUUCCUACACAUACCAAAUUCAUUGUAUAUGAUACAUUUCUAGCGAUAAAUAUCUAGUACUUUAACCUAGCACAGUAGCACGGUGCCUUAAACCCUUGCAACAAACCUUAAACCCUACACCUUCAACAAACUCAACACCUCUUUUCAAACUUUUCAAUUUUAUUACGUUGCCCCUCUUUCUCUACCUCUCUCCUCCAUUGCAGAGUUUUCCGAGUUUCUCCAUUGAAGCGUCUUCUGAGCUUUCCCUCCUCCAUUAAAGCUUAUUCAGAGCUUUUCUUUGAACCGCCUUCUGUGCUUUCUCUCCUCUAUUAAAGCGGCAGGCUUUGCUUAUAAUCCUUCAAUGUCGGAAAUGGAUUAUGAAAUUGGUCCUAUUCCCGAGGCGGAGGCGGCCGCCCCUUCUGCCCUGGCUCUGGGACGGGUUUCUUUGAAUUUUGAGUUACAGAGGUUAAUUGCUCGUUGUCCGAAGCUUAGGAAUGUAGCUUAUCUCAGUUCUUUGUUAGAGAAGGGGCAUGAAUUGGAGGAGGAACAAUUAGUGAAUGCUUUGGCGAUGGUAUUGCUGCAUCCCACCUAUACAAUACCUAUUAUGGGCUGUUUUCGCUCGAUUGCUAAGAAAAUCAUAAACCGUGUUGUCGAGUUGUUAAAACUAGUACCGAAUUUGAGGUUUGAUCAUCCCGGGGGAAUUACAAAUUCUAUGGAGGAUAGGUAUUUUAUUGACUGUGAAGAACUUGAACAAGUAUAUCUAUUUGGAGUGAUUGAGACAUAUUCUAGACAUGGGAGGUUUUUGGAUCUUCACGAACUUGCGAGUCUUGCCUUUAGUCAAGUACUUGAUCUUGCACCUUUCUUGAGGGGUGCAAUAGAAUGCUACUAUGAAUUUGGCGGACCCCCAUUUCAUCGUAUUAUUGAGGCGACAUUCAUUUCUAAGGUGAAAUCCGAGCCAGCCGCAAGACAUCUACGAAAUCUUGUCUGGACGUCUUAUCGUCUACUUCUUCUGGACCCUGAAUUUUUUCCAUGCCAUUGGAAUUGGUGCUGUUUUUUGGACCUGGUACAUCAGGCUGCAAGUUUUGAUGGUUGUUUUAGUACUGAUCUUGCUAGAGAUAUAAGAUGGUGUGGAGUGCAGAUACUGUGUAUCCUUCUGAAGUUACCCUCUAGAACUGCCGUACUUGGGAUGGAGCCUGUAGAAGUUUUACCCUCUUUGUUACGGUGGCAUGAGUUCUGUUGGGAUGUAUCGAUAGAAAAAGCUGGCUGGUUCGUAUCCAGAAAAGAAGCUCCUAUUUUUUCUGAUGGAGAUGCUGCUUUUAGUGGUGGAGGAGACACUAUAGCUAUUGAUCUAUUGAAGCUAAUUGAAUAUGAACCUGAAAAAUUUAAAAAGAGGUUGCAAAGGGACUACAGCCCUUUUCUUCUGACAUCUUCAAUACAGAGCAGUUAUGAAAGAGUGAUCUUAGCAGUAAAUCAGAAAUGGCCUGUUCUGCUGUAUGGUCCACCUGGUUGUGGGAAGACUGCACUUAUUAGCAAGUUAGCUCAGGAAAUUGGAACCCAAGUUCUUUCAAUUCAUAUGGAUGAGCAAAUUGAUGGAAGAACAUUGGUAGGAAGUUAUGUCUGCACAGAACAGCCUGGCGAGUUCAGAUGGCAACCAGGUCCUCUGACUCAGGCAGUUAAAAAUGGUGUAUGGGUUGUCUUUGAAAACAUAGAUCAAGCAGCUUCAGAUGUACAGUCUAUAUUAUUGCCUCUUCUGGAGGGUGGGACUUCUUUUCAAACUGGUUAUGGAGAGGCUAUUAGAGUGGCAGAAGGUUUUCGACUAUUUUCUACCAUCUCAACUUCCAAGCCUGAUAUAUGCGGCCAUGCAGAAGGUAGAAAUGCUUUGUCUGCUCUUUGGAGACGAGUGAUGGUCAAGCCAGCAGCUUGCACAGAUUUGGCAAAUGUAGUGUCUGCAUGGUACCCGGAUUUGGAGCCUAUAGCUUGGAAGCUCAUUGAAACCUUUGAAAUGCUUAAUGGAGAUUCUGAAUUAUUUGGAUCCGGACAAUCUGGUUGCAAGAAUUCAACCAGCAGGUUCUCGCUGAGGGAUCUGCUGAAGUGGUGUAAAAGAAUCGCUGGUUCUGGUUUCAGCUUCAGCUUUGAUGGUCUGUCAGCUGACUUGUGUCGCAUGAUUUAUCUGGAGGCUGUCGAUGUAUUUGCUGUCAAUGCAGCGUCACCAGGUACCAGACUGAAUAUUGUAAGGAACAUAGCAAAGAUGUGGGCGGUGCCUGUUCCAGAAGCGGAAGCCCUAUAUUGUCUUAACAGACCUGUUCUCAAGGAUUUUAUUGGAGCUGUACAAAUUGGAAGGGUCACUCUGCCAAAAAAAGAAGAUCUUCUCCAUGAAAGGAAACCCUUUGUGGAAAUUCGCAGCUCUUUUCAUGUACUUGAGAGAAUAGCAUGUGCUGUUAAAUGGAACGAGGCUGUUCUUUUGGUUGGAGAAACUGGUACUGGAAAAACUACACUUGUGCAGAAUCUGGCGACAAGACUUGGUCAAAAACUUACUGUUCUGAACCUAAGUCAGCAGAGUGAUGUGGCAGACUUGUUGGGGGGUUUUAGACCAAUGGAUCCUCAGUAUAUAUGUGUACCUCUUUACAAGGAAUUUGAGAGCUUGUUCAUGACUACAUUCUCUGUAAAGGAUAAUCAGGAUUUUCUUGCUCUGUUGAAAAAGCUUGUGAACGACAAGAAUUGGACUAAACUGUUGACUGGUUUUAAGAAGGGUGUCGAAAGGGUGGUUCGUAUAGGGAGGUGUGGGUCUGGAACCAAGCGAAAGAGACCUCUGGAGGAAAGAGUUUUGGGGCUCUGGGAAAAUUUGUCUCAGAAAGUGGAAAUAGCACGCAAUCAACUUGCUGGCUCAUCAGGAAUGGUAUUUUCAUUUGUUGAAGGAGCCUUUGUUACAGCACUGCGAAAUGGCGAGUGGAUUCUGCUAGAUGAAGUAAAUUUAGCUCCUCCUGAGACAUUGCAGAGAAUCAUUGGUGUCCUUGAUGGAGAGAGUGGUUCACUAUGUUUAGCGGAAAAUGGUGUUGUCGUGGAUAGACAUUCUAACUUCCGCAUGUUUGCCUGCAUGAAUCCCGCAACUGAUGCUGGGAAACGGGACUUGCCAUAUUCUUUGCGAAGUAGAUUUACAGAAUACUUUGUAGAUGAUGUUUUGGAAGAUGAGGACUUGACUCUCUUUGUUAAUCAGUUUCUUGAUGACAGGCACACAGAUAAAGAUUUAGCAAAUAAGAUUGUACGGUUUUAUAAGAUGGCUAAAAAGGAAUCUGAAGAAAAACUGCAGGAUGGGGCCAACCAGAAGCCUCAAUAUAGUUUGAGGUCUCUUUAUCGGGCUUUAGAAUACAUUAGAAAAGCAAGGAAGUUAGGUUUUAAAAGAGCAGUGUAUGAUGGAUUUUGCAUGUUCUUUAUGACUUUAUUGGAGGAUCGCAGUGCUGAAAUGAUGAAUGAAAGAAUUAUUUCAUUCUUGCUUGGAGACCAUAAACACCUACCACCACCUAUCCCUCUGGAGCAACUGUUGAACAUCAAAGAAAAACCUGGAUCUGAACAGUUUCUGAGAGAGUACGUAAUAACUAAAAGUGUUGAGGAGCAUAUAAGGAGUUUGGCUCGAGCAGUUUACAUAAAAAGAUAUCCUGUUCUCCUGCAGGGUCCAACCUCUAGUGGGAAGACUAGUCUUGUGCAGUAUCUUGCUGCAAAAACUGGCCAUGAGUUUGUUCGUAUAAAUAAUCAUGAACAUACUGAUCUGCAGGAGUAUUUAGGAUCGUAUAUUACUGAUGCCAGUGGGAGACUUGUAUUUCAUGAAGGUGUAUUGGUUAAGGCCGUUCGUUUUGGACAUUGGAUUGUCUUGGAUGAGCUUAAUCUUGCACCUUCUGACGUCCUAGAAGCAUUGAAUCGAUUGCUAGAUGAUAAUCGAGAACUUUUUGUUCCAGAGCUGCGUGAAACUGUGCGUGCUCACCCAAAUUUUAUGCUUUUUGCUACUCAAAAUCCUCCAACUUUUUAUGGUGGCCGGAAGAUGCUUUCACGUGCGUUUCGUAACCGUUUUGUUGAGAUACAUGUUAAUGAUAUCCCAGAUGAUGAGUUAACUGAAAUAUUAGAGAAGAAAUGCAAAAUUCCUCGCAGUUAUGCGAAUAAAAUGAUUGAAGUUAUGAAGGAACUACAGCUACGGAGGCAGAAGAGCAAAGUAUUUGCUGGAAAACAUGGAUUCAUUACUCCGCGAGAUUUAUUUCGAUGGGCUAACCGUUUCAGUAAGUAUGGAACUUCGUAUGAAGACUUAGCCAAAGAUGGCUAUUUCCUUUUGGCAGAGAGGCUCAGGGAUGAGAUUGAGAAGAAUAUUGUGCAGGAAGUUUUGGAAAAGCAUCUGCGUGUUAAACUCAAGAAAGAUGAAUUGUAUAAACAGGGAUCUAUAGAGAUGAAUUCUUUUCAGGAAAAUGUUGGAGAUAUUGUUUGGACUAAAAGUAUGCAGAGGCUUUACUUCCUUAUUGAACGCUGUUAUCAGCUAAAGGAGCCUGUACUGCUUGUUGGUGAAACUGGUGGUGGAAAGACUACCGUGUGCCAGCUACUGAGCAUGGCUUUGAGUGCCAAACUGCAUAUCUUAAACUGUCAUCAGUACACAGAAACUUCUGAUUUUAUUGGGGGAUUCUAUCCAGUUCGCGAGAGGUCAAGGAUAGCAUCAGAAUUCAAGAAUUUGAUUGAACACCUAGUGAUCUCAUUGGCUUCAAUCCAUUUUGAUAGUAAACUUUCUACUGAUAUUGGCAAAGCUCCUUCUACUCUUAAGCAAUUGGGAGAAGUUUUGGAUGAAUGUAAACAUACUCCGGUCUCUAUGUCUGAUGGGCAUGAAAAUGAUCUUGCUUCUUUUGAAAAAACGAAAGCAGAGCUAUCUCAGCUGUAUCAGCAAUGGCAAACAAUUUUCGUAUGGCAAGAUGGACCACUAGUACAAGCUAUGAAGAAUGGGAACUUACUUCUUGUGGAUGAGAUCUCUUUAGCUGACGAUAGUGUGCUGGAACGGUUGAAUAGUGUGCUUGAGCCAGAUAGGAAACUAUCUUUGGCCGAGAAGGGAGGACCUAGUUUAGAGACUAUAUCAGCUUCUGAUGAUUUUUUCCUUCUCGCUACGAUGAAUCCUGGUGGGGAUUUUGGUAAGAAAGAAUUAUCUCCAGCACUUCGGAAUAGGUUCACUGAGAUAUGGGUUCCCCCUGUUGAUGACUUAGAUGAGUUGAGAGGGAUCGCUGAAAGGUUCCUAAGUCCCAAUCUCCAUUGUUUUUUGAACCCUCUUGUACAUUUCUGGGAGUGGUUCAAUCAAAUACAAGCAGGAAGGAUGCUUACUGUGAGGGACCUUCUAGCGUGGUUGGACUUUGUUUCAAAGACAGAGAAGAGCUUACAUCCUAAUUUUGCGUUUUUGCAUGGGGCCUUCCUUGUUUUGCUUGAUGGACUGAGCUUGGGCACUGGUAUAUUGAAGAACGAAGCGUCUGAAGUAAGAGACAGAUGCCUUGCCUUUCUUGUGAAACAGCUUAAGGCAGAUGAUUCCUCUGUGAUUGAUUCAGAGCUACUUCAGAUGAAAGUUUAUGGAUGGGCUGAUAUUAGCAGGGAUGUGGAUAUUUCAAUACCCGAGGAGAUGCAAUGUGACAAUGUUUUUGGCAUUCAUCCAUUUUACAUUUCGAAAGGUGGCGUUCAUGUGGAAAAUAGUGGAUUUGAGUUCUUGGCUCCUACUACACAUAGGAAUGUCUUGCGAGUCUUGCGUGCUAUGCAACUUUCAAAGCCUGUGCUGUUGGAAGGUAGCCCUGGUGUUGGAAAAACAAGUUUGAUUUCAGCCAUUGGAAAGUUUUCAGGCCACAAGGUUGUACGUAUCAACCUGUCCGAACAGACUGAUAUUAUGGACCUAUUGGGUUCAGACUUGCCUAUUGAGAGUGAAGAAGGGUUGCAAUUUGCUUGGUCGGAUGGAAUUUUAUUGCAGGCCUUGAAGGAGGGAUCUUGGGUUUUACUGGAUGAGAUAAACUUAGCUCAGCAAUCUGUUUUGGAGGGUCUGAAUGCUAUUUUGGACCAUCGAGCUGAGGUGUUUAUUCCAGAGUUGGGCCAGUCUUUCAAGUGUCCAUCUUCCUUCCGAGUUUUUGCUUGUCAGAACCCCUCUUGUCAAGGUGGUGGGAGGAAGGGUCUUCCAAAAUCAUUUCUUAAUCGGUUCACAAAGGUUUAUGUGGACGAGUUAGGUGAACAUGAUUAUCAUUUUAUAUGCCGUUCUCUCUUUCCAUCAAUCCCUGAGUCCAUUCUUGUGCGAUUGAUUACAUUCAAUAAGAGAUUGUAUGAAGAGACUAUGGUAUGUCAUAAGUUUGCGCAGCAGGGAUCUCCAUGGGAAUUCAAUCUGCGUGACAUCAUUCGCUCCUGUCAGAUAAUUCAAGGUUCAUCUGAAAAUUCUAAGAACGAUUGUUUCCUAAAUGUUGUUUAUGUGCAAAGAAUGCGAACUGCUGCAGAUCGUAAGGAGGUAUUGCGGUUAUAUGAAGAAGUUUUUGGGAUAAAGCCUUCCAUAAACCCUUAUCCACGUGUGCAGGUGGAUGAUCACUUUUUAGUAGUCGGGAAUACUCGUAUUAAGAGGAAUCAAUUCCAGUCCAUUGAGACCAUUGGUAGCGAGCUUAAGAUUUUUCCAGGUUUGAGGAAUACAUUGGAAGCUGCUGCACAAUGUAUACAGCAUAAGUGGUUAGGAAUUUUUGUUGGGCCAACAUCUUCUGGAAAAACAUCACUGAUAAGGCUGCUUGCACAACUAACUGGAAAUGUGCUCAAUGAAAUCAAUCUUUCAUCGGCUACAGACAUUUCUGAGUUGCUUGGGUCCUUUGAGCAAUAUAAUGCCUAUAGGAACUUCCACUCUAUUGUAUCUCAAGUUGAGCGCUAUAUGAAUGAGUACUGCAAUUUGCAGUUAGAUUCUUCUGCUGAUGAAUUUUUAAGAGAAAGAAGAGACCUGAUUUCUAAAUGGCUCUGUUUAUCAUCUAAUAUAAGUUCCGGUCACAUGACAAAAUCUGAUACUGCUGAUGGUGAAAAUUGGAUGACAACUCUACCGUCGUUGGUUGAAAUUAUUGAACUUCUAGUGUUGGACUUGGAAAGGUAUCUGCUACCUUUGUCUUGUUCAUUGAAUGAUUUGUCUAUACUUUUGCAAAAAGUUCAGAAGCUGCAGGAAAUUCAAAAAGGAAGGCCAGUUUCAGCAAAGUUCGAGUGGGCUGCUGGACUACUGAUAAAGGCAAUCGAGAACGGAGAAUGGAUUGUGCUCGAGGAUGCUAAUCUUUGCAAUCCAACGGUUCUUGAUCGAAUCAAUUCAUUAGUUGAAUCAGAAGGAUCAAUCACUAUAAAUGAGUGCGGUAACGUGGAUGGGAAACCUUUGGUACUCUCCCCACAUCCUAAUUUUCAGAUGUUUUUCACCAUUAACCCAAGCCAAGGUGAUGUUUCUCGUGCAAUGAGAAAUAGAGGAAUUGAGAUUGUUAUGAUGCAUCCAUAUUGGCUACUAGAUGUAGAUGGCAAAGAAAAGAUUCAGGCGUUAGAAUUAGAUGAUAUUAAGAGCUUUCUUGCAUUAUUUAACAUUCUAAAUGGGAUGUUAGUUGAUUCAAUGGCAAAAGCUCAUAUGCAUGCUAGGAAUGAAGGUCUGUGCCUUGGUGUUCAAAUUACUUAUCUUGAGCUGAGACGAUGGAUUCAUUUAUUUGAGCAGCUUUUAAUGACUGGCAAUGAUGUUCUGUGGAGUCUCCAUUGUAGCUGGGAGCAUUCUUAUCUUUCAUCAUUAGGUGAAGCUGCAGGAUGGCAUAUUGUCCAAGAAGCAAAGUCAUCUUAUUUGACCAACCUUGAUUCUGUUUUUCUUGGAGGAAAGUUCAUUGUCAAUUCGAGGGAUUCUUGUUCAAAGGAGGUGACAGAGGCCUCUAAUGGAGGGUUAUCUCUUUGCUUGCCAGGUGGGUGGCCUGCGCCAUUGAAACUUCGGGAUUAUGUCUGGUACUCAGUCGAAGCUUCUGUCAGACAAAACUGCCUGUAUCUGGAGUAUCUUGGGGUGCAAUGUGCAUCAUAUGAACUAUGCAUUCCCAGGAAUCAGAUGUUGAGGGAGGAUGUCUACUCGAAUGGUUCCAAGUCAAUAUAUCUGUUGGACUUGAAGAUGUUGCAGACAUUAAUGUACCCUCAAGGUCAAAGCGGUGAAUCUAUUAGUUAUAUUUUGUCAAAGGAAUAUGAUAUUCUGCUCACCAAGAAGAAGCUUUUAUUUGCUGUUGAUUGGGCCAUAGAUCAAGUCACUAAAAAAAUUGAUCUUGAUCUAUGUCUUUUGUGGUUUAGCUGGUUUGAUUCCCAGUUGCAGCCCUGCUGUCAAUUCUUUGGUUCUUUGGGUUUGGAGAAUCUACUUAGAAUGGAAUUGGAACAUCCAAUCUGGAAGUUCAUCUUCCUAAAACGCCAUGAAAUGUCUCAUCAAAAUGUUAUAUUUGACCUGGAGUUAUUGCCAAUUCUUUCUUUGGAGUCUGCUGAAGUUCUCACAAAAUUAUCAGGUUCUUCUGGAAAACAUCUUUUUAAUGCUAUCAAGAGUGUUAGACUUUUAAGGCGUAGUCUGUGGCAGUGGAAUGCUGAGGUCAAUAAAAACUUCGGUGAUAAAUCGUUUGGAUGUCUGGUGAAAUCUUUGCGAAAGCUGGAAAAAGAAGUGCUUGAUGUGAUUGUUGAAUCUCCAUCGUUUGAAAUAUUACAUCAAUUAUAUACUGAUCUUCUGGAAGAACACAUCUUAUUUUGGAAUGUUUUUGUGUCAUCAGAGCUAACAACUUUGCUAGUUCAUUGGCGCGCUUUGAUAAAGAUUGCAUUAAAAUUGAGAGAUUUUUUCCCUGAAGCAGCAAAUAAUUUGUUUAAAAGUUUUGAUAUGAUGUCGAUAAGUCUUCAUAGAAGAUUGCCUUACUCUCUGAAUUCCGAAAAGUCAAUGCUAUGGGCACAUGGAGGCCAUCCAUCUUUACCCUGUUCUGCUGAUAUAUGUAAUAAACUCCAGCAACUUAUUGGUUUUGCAAAGCUAGUCUGGCCAAGAAAACAUUUACAGAAGCAGUUGGAUGAUCGUAUUGUUGAAACUGCUGUAUCAACGAAUCAAGAACUUCGUUUUCUUUCAAUGCAAGGUGUUUGCAUGACAUCUUCUCUAUUCGGGAGAUAUGAAGAGGGGGACAUUGCAGAUAAACUUCAGGAGAUGUAUGAGAUGCUUUUAAAAAGAUUUGAAUGUGAAACGAAUGUACUGGAGGCAAAUAGCAGAUCUCAGACAAUUGGAUAUUCUCUUGGAAAUUCUGCUUGUUGUAUAAUUGUACCUGAAAUCGUGAGCCAUAGGUGUGGUUUUGAGACGUGGAUAGAUACACUUCCUAUAGUUGAUGAGACAAGUCUAUUGCUGGAUUUAUUUUUGCUCCAAGAUUUAUCAGAAAUCAUUCUUGCUGAUCCCAAAGAGUUACAAUCGCUUUUAUCUGGAUUGCGUGAUGAUAUGCAAAAUUCUUUGCGCUUCUCAAUUAAUUUCUCAUCACGGACGCCCUUAGAUUUUGUUCCUCAUCAAGAAAUGUUGUGGAUAGUUGAUGCAUCAACGCCUACACCAGAAGUUGGCCAUAAAAUCAUUAGUUCUGUUCUAGAAACUUGGUUUACAUGGCAUUCCGCCGUGUGGAAUUUCCCCAUAGUCUCUAAAAAGGAUCUUUAUGGAUCAAAUGCUUAUAAAUUAAUAUUGCCUAAUGUGCUUUUUAAGCCAGUGAAGACAGAUACAGUACAAAAUAUGCUGCAAGCUGCAUUUGUUAUGAAGGAUUAUCAUUUCCAUUGCUUCAAGCUCAGGGUUAGCUCAUCAAACAUUUGGCAUAGCAUUGUGCCUAAUACAGACUUGCAAUAUUCUCUUUUGUGUGGUGCUCGUAACUUGUUGCUGCAGAUUAUAUCUUCCCAUAGAAAGUCUUUCACUGCUGAAGACUUUUUGAAAAUUAAAUCAAGUCUCAUGUUACUUCAAAGGAAUAAGAUCAAGCCAAAUGACAUGGAUAAUCUGCUUUCACUUUUGGGUUUAUCCAGACAUCAGAAAUUUGUUUCACUUGUGAAACCAUUUAUUGAACCACUGCUCAAAGACAUUGAUAAUAUACACUCCUUUGAGGUAUUGCUGUAUCACAUUUCCUGUGCCUGGUUAAGACUUGGAGCCCUGCGAUUUCACCUUUUGCUUGCUUGCGAUGAGCUGGAUCCAGCUAUUAAGUUUAGUUCCAAACAUCAGAAGCUGGUGGAUAAAUGCCAAUCACUUGAACUGGAAAGUGAGGUCAGACAUCAAUGUCAUUAUCAGGCGGGAUCGUUUUCAACAAGAAAUUCUGAUGAUGAAAGAGCAAAAUUGUUGAAAAAACAUGAGACUGAGUGUAAAAGGUUGCAAAGAAAGAUUGUAUACCGUUCAGAUCCUGGAAAAUUCAUCAAAUUAAAGGAUGAGUGUGUUGAGUUCUCUGAGAAUGUUAACUCAGGAUUGAAGCUUUUGGAGCAGUCUAGGAAAAUUACCAACCUGUCUUAUCUUAUCAACCAAGCUAGCAACUGGCAGGCUACUGCAAGCUGCUUUAUCGAUCGCUUAUCAGAGGAGUAUAACAGUUAUGUCGAUAUUAUUCAGCCAAUUCAAGUUGCAAUUUAUGAAAUGAAAUUGGGUUUGGCACUGCUCUUGUCAAGUACCCUUCAGGCAGAUUUUCUUGGUAGAAUGCAAGAAAGCAAAAUUGAUCCCAUUCUGGAUGCAAUUUAUUCAAUCAUGAGAUUUCCUCAUGGACAUCCUUUUGAGAGACAAGUCCAGAUAAACUAUGGUACACCUGAGUUCCCCUUUUACACUGUUGAUUUUUCAGCAUGCACUAGGAAAGAAAAGGUGGAUUUAUUGAAAAAGGUUAUUAAAUCAACUGAACGAGAUGGAGGAAAGGUUACAUCUUUCCGAUUGGAAGCUUCUCUUUUGGAUAACAUGCUAGGGCAUGUUGUGAAACUUGUCAGUAGCACUAAGAUGCUGGAUGCUGCAUCUUUUGCGAUUGUUGAUACGAUAUCUGACUUCUUUACGAGAUUGUGGAGCAAUGCCAAAGUUCAAGAGAAAACUGAGAAGGACAAUGAAACACAGCUGUACAAGUUCAGGCCACGCCCCUUUAAGCUAGAUAAUGUAUAUGAGAUUGAUUUAUCAUCUCUGAACAAUUCAUUUUCGGGCGAUAGCUUCACUGAAUGGAAGGAGGAGUUGUUACAUGAAGAAGAGAAUACCAUAUCUCCUGAAGGGAAAGAUGCUAUUGAUCAGUUUGAAAGCUCUGGAGAUUGGAAUCUUAUUCCAGAAUCCAUACUCAACACCAUGGUGAAUGUGCAUGAUCAGCUAUUUGGAUCAAACAAUCUUAUUGAAACUAUGGGUAUUGUCCAGAUGUCUAAUGCAGACAAGCUGAAUGUUUUUGUUAAAUCUUAUACUCUUGGAUCAACAUUACUAAAAGAUUUUACGGGAACAUCUGUUUCCUUUUUGGAUGCUAAACUUGUUGGGGAGCAUAUGCUUCGCCUCUGUCUCGAGCAUGAACAUAUGCAGCCUUUAUCCAAUGUGACAGUUGUUUCACGGAAUUUUUACAAGGAUCCAAAUCCUGCUGUCGUAGCGAGCAUGGUGGAGUUGAUCAAUGCUCUUAGGAAGAAAGUUCUCUCUUUGUUAGAGCUGCGAGAUGAGCAUCCAGGACUGCAAAAGAUCCUCGAUAUUAUUGAUAUGCUAUUGGGUCUUCCUCCGAGCACCUCUGUUGCUCAGGCUUUAUCAGGCAUGCAAUUUUUGGUUAGCCGAGUGAUAUUACUGCAGGAAAAUGGUGCAAAAUUCCCUCUUGCUGAUGAGCUAGAACCUAUUGUUGCUCUUAUUUCGUCCUUUCAAAAGAUGGAGUUCAAUGUGUGGAAAACCAUGUUGGAUGAUGUUCUUAUUCAAUUUGAGAUGAAUGCUGUGAAGUUAUGGUUUCCACUUUACUUGGUUCUGCAUCGAGAAAGCACUACAGAUAUUGCUGAAUAUACUCAAUUCACCCUGCAAAGCUUAGAGGAGUUUAUUCGAACAUCUAGUGUUGGUGAAUUUAAAAGACGUCUGCAACUCAUGCUUUCCUUUUAUGGGCAACUUAAUUAUGGCAUAUGCCUGGGAUCCUAUGCUAGUUAUACACAGAAGGAAAAUCGAGAUGUCUUAUACAAUGUUUUUGGUUUCUAUAUGCAAUCACUGCCAGUGGUUAUGAAUCACAUUGCCUCUAGCACUAAGAACAUAAAAAGAGAGUUGGAAGAACUUUUAAAGCUCUGCCAAUGGGAUCGUCCUGAAAAGCUUGUGUCCCUUGAAAUCUCAAAAAGAAAUCGUCAAAAGCUGAAAAAACUCAUACAAAAGUACACUGAUGCACUCCAGCAGCCAGUUAUGCUUGUCCUUACUCAGGAAUCUGAAGGUUUGAAAUCCCAGAAGUUUGACCACUCACCUGACAAGGAUCAAGAACUUUCUUUAUUUGAUAUAUCUCAUUUUGAUUACAGGACAACUUGGUAUGAAGACUGGAAGACUAAAGCUGAUGAUGCCUUACAGUACUUUCAUGGUGAAAGAAAAUUAAAUAUUCAUACGUCACGUGAUGUGGAUGCCAACAAUGCUGAGUACCAUUCUGCUUUGAAGUCUCCUGGUCUUGCUUACAAGGAAGAAUGGAUUGAAGUCUGGCAUAAUCUAGAAAUAAUAUGUAGAGCUGUGUCCGAAAGUGCAGAUAUGUGGAAAAAUGAAGGGAAAUCUCAAGUAAAGAUGAGGGCUUUUUCAGAUCUUCUGAAGCUUUUGGAGAGUCAUGGACUAUCAAAGCACAAAUCUAACCUUCAGAAGCUUUUGGAGAACAGUCCAUUGUUCACUGCAAAGUAUGCCUUAAUAGAUGAAAAGUUUAAACAGGGAGAAUCAAAUUGGUGGUUUUUUCUUCCGUCCUAUGAUGUACAACAUUUGUUGCUGAAGUAUGACAGUUUGUCUUUCAAGGAAGUUGAUCUCAAUGCCUCAAACCUCAUUAAAAAUUCAAACCACAUUAGUGUAGAAGACAAGUGGAGGUGUGCUAAUCAAUACUACUUCAAAAGUUUGGCUUCAGUGAGACAUGUGCAGCAGAUAUCUCUUAGCUUUCACAAAGAUUUUAAUCCGGAUCAGGUUAAUCGGUGUAAUAGCUUCCUUGAACACCUUGUAAUGAUACAAAUGGAGCAACGUGCUGCUGCUUAUGAUCUGCGUAGCCAAUUGCAACACUUGAGGAGAAGCGUACAAUGCUUGAAAAAAUUGUGUUUGGUUUGUCAUUCUAUUGCUGAAGGACGUACUGACGAAGUCAAUGUUUUAGCUAGUCAACAAGUUCUCUUUAGAUGCUUGUGGCAGCAAAAGGAACUUUUUGAUACAUUUUGUUCUAUGCUGGGAGAAGAAUCCUUGAUGCUAAAAACAGUUAAAGAUACCCAUAUGAGUGGCUGUCAAAGCAUUAAAGAUGCAGCAAAUGGCAUUCUUUUGCUCAUUGAGGAAUUCAGUCCGGCAUUUGAGAAAUCUAAAGUAUUGCUGGAUAAUGAACUUCUUGGUGAUGAUAAUUCUGCAAUUAAAGCAUCAAAUUCAAUGUACCCUAUUGUGGCUGGCAAAGAUAUGGAAGAGUUGGUCAAAAAGAAUUUUCAGCUCAUAAGGGAGUUUCAAGAACAUGUUCUUGAUUUACGCGUGCGAGUUAACAAGAAAUCAAUUGAAGAUGUUCUACUUGGUCAUUUUUCAGAGAUAAUUGAAAAGGGAAAAAAUGUGGAAAAUGAGUUUUAUUCUGCGAAAGAAUGUGACCAACCUUUAACUUUUGCUGAAGAUCUUACUGGUCUGGAAGCUGGAAUAAAUGCAUCACUCAGUGAUAUGUUUAGACAUAUUGGCAGUGCACUUAAAGAACUAGGAUCCUGGAGUGACAGGGAUGCAUCUGAUGAAGUUUUAUUGAUGAAGAUCACAUCGUGGAAACCUUUGUUUGAUUCUUUUGUAGCAAACUUCCGGCUGGAUCUUAUUAGUCAGAGUCUUGAUAAAUUAAUUUCUUACACUGGAAAAAUACCAAGUAUUUCAGAUUUAUCUUCUGAAACUGGUCUGCAAUUUGAACAUCUUAAGGAAUUGCUGGUUCUGAUAUUGACUUUUAGUGAUGGUCUUUUGCUUGAUUUUUUGGCUGUCCACGAGAUGAUAUCCGUUUUGACUCAUAGGCUUGCAGAGAUAUUUGCUUCAUUGUUUUCUGAAGGCUAUGGUGUACGCACUGAAGACAUAGUUGAUGAUACCCUUGGUGACAAGACUCAAGAUGCUAGUGGGACUGGCAUGGGAGAAGGAACAAUAGGAGUGAAAGACGUGAGCAAUGAAAUAACUGAUGAAGAUCAGCUCCUUGGGGCCUCUGGAGAGAAAGAAGAGCCAAAUGCAUUAAAUGAAUUACCAAACGAUAAAGAUGAAGGAAUUGAGAUGAAGAAUGAUUUUGAUGCUCCUGACUUCAAUUUGAGUGAGGAUACUGGCGAUGAGGAUAACGAUGAUGACAAUGGAGAAGAUGAGGAUGAGCAGUUAGAUAGUGCCAUGGGGAAUACUGGGGACGAUAGUGAAGUAGUAGAUGAAAAGCUUUGUGACAAGGAAGAAGAUCAAAAUCUUGAUAAUACAAAUGAGAAACAUGAGCCAGGACCUUCAGUGAAAGACAGAGAUCUCGAUAACCGGGAGCUAAGAGCUAAAGAUGAUGCUGCUGCUACAAUAGAUGAACCCACAGAAGGAGACAAUGAUGCAACUGAUGAAAAUGGUAACGCGGAUACUAGUAAAGAUGGCACUGAUGACAUGGAUAAUCCAGAUUCAAUGAAUGUUGACCAAGAAGAGGCUAAUGCCGACACCACUGACAUUGAUCUCCAUGAGCCAAAUCCAACUUCUGUUGAUGAGACUGAGAACAUGGAAGUAGACCAGGACAAUACUAUGGAAGAAGAUACACCUGAUGUGGGGGACAAUGAUAUGGAUAAUGGAGACCCUGGGGAUAACACUGACCCUGAAGAUGAUACUGUAGCUAAGGCAGAGUCUAACAUGUUAAGUGAAGAAGCUGAAGAUGAUUCACAGAACAAAGAUGACAAGGAUGGCAAUAUGGAUCUGACAGCGCCUAAUAAAGACAUCAGUGAGCAGGGAAAUUCAGACUUAUUAAGCGAUCAUAUUCCUAACACACAGCCCAUGUCACAGACAAUGAGUGAAAUGCAAAAGGCAGAAACUAUAAGUACAGCACCUGAAAUGCAGUGCUCUAUGAGCACUGAUACUCAGAAUGACCUUGCCUCAUCAGAAAACUCCAACCAGGUGGAAAUGCUGUUUGGAAACUCAUCAAAGGGUAAACUAUCCAAUGAUCAACCACAGUCCAUGCCACAGCAAGAUCUGUCAUCCUUCCAGAAAAAUCAGCCAAACCCACUGCGCAACUUUGGGGAUGCUCUUCAAGACUGGAAAGAUAGAGUGAAGGUUUCUGCUGAUGUUCCACAAAGAGAUGAGGAGACAGUUGACGAAAUGGAUGAUCAGGAAGUGGAUGAAUUUGGGUUUACAUCUGAAUUUGAUCAGGGAACUGCUCAGGCACUAGGGUCUGCAAUGCCUGAUCAGAUGGAGCAUAAUAUUGGCCAUGACAAGCCUGAUGGAGAUGGGUGCACUGCUCAGGAGAAUGAACCUGACGAGCUCUGUGAUGAUGAUUCUAAUACUGAGGCCAUCCACAGUCGUCCAAUUUCUACUAGCAGGGUUGACGAAAAGAUCAAUAUAUCUGAUUCACAUGAUGAGUUGCCUGUAGAAGAUGUUCAAGAAGCUAAGAGAAAGAUCGAUGGCAGUCCAGGAAAAUCUGUGGAGAGUUUAGUUUCAGUAAGAAAGUCUUACAUGACCCAGGACAUGAACCAGCUAAGUGAACUUUCAACAAGUGGUGAUGAACCAGGGAAAGUGCAGAAUCUUGCUCAGCAACUUGGUGAGAUGAAUAUGAAUGCUGGUGCUCUUUGGAGAAAGUACGAGCUCCGCACAAUGAGGCUGUCUCAGGAGUUGGCCGAGCAGCUACGUCUAGUCAUGGAACCUACACUGGCUAGCAAGCUUCAAGGGGAUUACAGGACUGGCAAAAGGAUCAAUAUGAAGAAAGUAAUUCCAUAUAUUGCUAGCCACUACCGGAAAGAUAAGAUAUGGUUGAGGCGUACCAAACCCAAUAAACGUGAUUACCAAGUUGUGAUCGUGGUGGAUGAUUCUCGUAGUAUGUCUGAAAAUUGCUGUGGUGAUUUUGCCGUUGAAGCUUUGGUCACUGUGUGUCGUGCCUUGUCUCAGCUUGAGGUGGGGAAAUUAGCUGUUACAAGCUUUGGAAAGGAAGGAAACAUCAGGUUACUACAUGACUUUGAUCAGCCCUUAACUGGGGAAGCUGGAAUGAAGAUGAUCUCAAGCCUGACAUUUAAUCAAGAGAAUACUUUAAGAGAGGAGCCUAUGGUUGAACUCCUUAAAUAUCUGAACAAUAUGUUAGAACAGGCUGUGGCUAAUGCAAGACUGCCUUCUGGACAGAACCCGUUGCAACAGCUUGUUUUGAUCAUUGCUGAUGGUCGGUUUCAUGACAACAAGGAAAAGGUGAAGAGGUUCAUGAGAGACCUGUUGCAGAGAAACUGUCUGGUGGCAUUUAUAGUUUUGGAUAGUGCUCAAGAAUCUAUAGUUGACUGCAAGGAUUAUAUAUUCAAGAAUGGGUUACUUCAGAAAGCUGUUCCAUAUCUAGACUCUUUUCCGUUCCCAUACUACAUUGUGUUGAGAAAUAUUGAAAUGCUCCCCAGAACACUAGCUGAUCUAUUGAGACAGUGGCUCGAGCUGGUGCAACAAUCAAGAGACUAGCUGAAAUGUAUGCUUUUCGUCAUGGGAUUGUAUCAGUCUUGAAACACUAUUAUUAUCUGUUGUGCUGCAAUAUGCGCUAGAAAGGCAGCUUGUAUAUAGGUACAUUAAGAAAAGUUUUGAGAGAGAAAAGUACAUUACUACAUUUGCCAUUUGCUUAUUAUACAAAAGAAUAGGUUUAGAAAGGCUGAUACAUGACCGGAAAAACAUCAUAUACGAGAAUGUAUAUAGGAAAGAGAGACUAUCAUGUAAUCUUGACAGUUUUGUAAUAUGCUCAUUCAAUGCAUCAAGCUGGUUUCUCUAAUGCCCUUAUCUUCUCCGUUUUACACGGACUUGGGAUUAUAAUUAAAUUGGAGUUGCUUCAUUCAUAGUCGAA